AAAUUAUCAAAACGAUUUAAUCGUGUUUCAGUUGCAGUGGUGGUAGCGUUUUUUAUUUGUUGGGCACCAUUCCACGCCCAAAGACUAUUAGCUGUCUACGCGCAGAACAGUAAGGAUAAACCGGAAGAUGCAUUAGUAAUAAUCUAUACCAUCCUCACGUAUAUGUCGGGAGUGUUUUAUUACCUUUCUACGACAGUGAAUCCAUUGUUGUAUAACAUCAUGUCCAACAAAUUUAGAGAGGCUUUCAAGUCAAUGCUGCCGAAUUGCUGUGUAAAAUGGUCAUCUCAAAAAUCAGAGCCACGACGACCUAUCUACAGUAGUCUAUCACGUUAUCCGAGAUACACAUUUAGACAAACAAAUGAUCGUCAAAAUUCACCGUCAAUAUCCGUCAGUGAUGAUAAUCAAAAGUUGACAAGCAUCGUACGAAUAUCGAACAUGACUGAGUAUAACAGAUUAACCGAACUGAACAAUGAGCAAAAAUUGCCUAAUUCGACGAUGAACAAAAUCAAUAAUCGAGAAUAUAAAAGAAGCGUGUCGAGAGGAUCGAAUUCCAAUCAAUUCAUUUUGAUGACGACUGUUAACGAGGGUAACAACAAUAUGGCUCCCACUUAUACGAACGAGUGUCUAUUAAACAUUCAGAAACCUUCAAGGACUCUUACGCUUGGAAUACUUGCCGAAAAAUUGAGAUUGGAAACAAAAGAAUUAUUUUCACCUCAGCAGAAAACUAAGAGUAAUCUGAUGAAAUUGGAGACAACGCCAGCCAUCAGCCCAUCUAGAUUUCAAAGUCACCCAAGUAUCGAUAGUGCAAAUACUAUCAGCAAUUCCAGUUUACAAGAUUAUGAUGAAACAGAGUUCAGUGGCAUGGAAUUGGCGCGAUAUAUGGGUGAAUUAAAUUGUGAUUUAAUCGCUUAAUAUUCACUUCAAAAUGAAAUGUUCCUCCAUCGAAUAAACGUAGCAUAAGUAUUUAAUAUAAUUAAGAAUCGUUGUACCAAAUAUCUCGAAAAAACUAAGAAUUUAUAAAGUUAAGAACCUUAGAUAUAAAAAUUUAUAUAUUCAAAAAAAAAGAAAAUAAAUAAAAA